GAGAAAAACCAUCAAUGUAAUGUCAAUGUGCAGAGUAAAAACGAGAAAUACACAAAAAAGAUUGUGCGACUGUGAAAGGAUUUUUUUUUCCUAAAAAUAGUUUUCCAUAAUUUGUUGACGCAAUUGCUGUUUUGAAAGAAAAUAGUUUGAUCCGCCUGUUGUCAGAAAAGCGGCAAUGGAUUCUGAUUUCAACGAUAUUGGAUUUCUAAUGGAAAAUGUUAAACAAGAACCUGCCCAUGCGAAUGAACUUGCUGGGCCACUGGCUGAAGAUGCCGAAAGCACAGACACUAUUCCCACAUACAUGACCGAUUUCAUUUUGGAUUACAUUAACCGAUCGUUGAAGAACGAAGAGGAAGAUACUCAGCCGGAAUACAAUGAAACGGAUGGAGCCGACGGAACAAAUGCUGAAGAAUCUGUGGAAGACCUGAUUGCACGGGCGGAAAACAUGAUUCGCGAAAAUACUCGUCAAAUCGAUCAAAUGAACAUUCCUGAGACCACUACGAUAGCUACGACCAAUGAUUGGAUGCAACAGUUCAUUGCACAGUCGGAAACUAUGGAGGCAGAUAAUCCAACCAGCUCCGGGCAAUGCACAACAACAACAACUUCAACUUCUUCCACCAUCCAUCUGACCGAUGAAUCGGGCCAACCAGAUGUGAUUGAAGUGUCAUAUGUUGCUCCGGUUGCCACCGUUAUUUCCGUCGACACCGACAGUGACGAUGAGGUCAUUUUCGUAAACAGUAACCAGCCACUGCGACCGAGGCCAUCCGUUGAGAUUCCUGUCAUAGAUCUAUCCGAUCAAGGUUCACCAUCGGAUCACCGCCUCCAGUCACCGGAACGAAACGACAGUCGAAAGCGUGCUGGCAGACCGGAAAUUCCAAAUCCAGAUGAAACGUCGCCAGAGAAACAGUUUCGACACAGCUGUGCUAUUUGUUUGGACGACGUAAAGGCGCCGCAUUCCACCACAUGUGGCCAUAUCUACUGCGGUGAUUGUAUCAAAAAUGCGGUGAAAAUCUUCAAAAAAUGUCCAUCGUGCAACAAGAAGCUGAAAACGAGUAAUGUACAUCCCAUCUAUUUGUAAGUCCUAGUCUGUAAGGGUCGUAGAGAUUUACUAACCGUAUUCAAUAAAUUAAGUGUGAUAAAUGCGAUCAAA